GCAGAUUUCGUCAGUUACGCGAAGGGUAAAGUGUUGUGUCACUAUUUAGUCCCUUGCUGAAUCUUUAACACUUAUUUGACCGUAUAGAAAACUGGACGCUCCAGGCAAGGCGACUGUCCGCGGGCCAGCUAUGUCUACAGGUCUUAUAAUUGCAGGCCUAGGCAUAGCUGCCGUGGGAUUUGCAGGCCGCUAUGCUUUUCGUUAUGCUAAAGUCGCUCAGGAAUCCCUGAAGAAACAAAUGAAUGCUUUACCCAACUCAGGGGCUUUCAGUAAAUAUUACAAAGGAGGAUUUGAACCCAAAAUGUCGAGAAGAGAAGCUGGACUGAUCCUGGGAAUAAGCCCAUCAGCCAGCUCAGCCAAGGUGAAGGAGGCCCACAAGAGGAUCAUGCUGGCGAAUCACCCAGAUAGAGGAGGAUCUCCAUACCUGGCUGCUAAGAUCAAUGAAGCUAAAGAUUAUUUGGACAAGCACAAACACUGAUGGACGUCUAACUUGUAUAUUGUUUAUAUCCAAAACUUUGUGUACAGUCCAUAAAUCUGAUAUCAGUAUGAUCUGGAUCACAGAUAUAUGGUUUAGAAACAAUUUAUUUUCAGAAAGUAACAUGUAAGAUCUAAUUUCGCCUUCUACUUCAAGAAUGCUAUUAGUAAAUAUUCUCGUCAAUAGAAGUCCAUUUCUAAGUUGUGUUUUUGACACUGGUUGAACUUUACUGCAUCUGUGUUUCCAGACUUUCUGAGUUUUCCAGCCGUUCACAAGAUGUGUUGAAUCAUUUGCCUUAUGCUAAGAAGAUUGGUCUUUUGAUUUAUUGAUAUAUUUAUUUAUUGGGUUG